AUUUAAAUGCAUUUUUGUGUUAAAAACUUAAAAUAAACAAAAGACGGCACUAAAAACGUCAUGGUCAUGUUACUUAUCAUAUUAAUUGUCAAUGUCAUUAAAUAAAAACAAGAUUCAAUGUGACCUCGUGAAAUUUCAGUUUUUGUUUGAAUUUGAAGCGAGGUACGAAAUAAGUUUUUUUUUUCAGAAAAUAUAAGUUUCCUGAAUUAAGUUGCUUCUGUAAUUCUAAGUUCAAUAUUUGGGGCUUGUAAAAAUUUUAAUUAUGGAGUCAUUGGGCCGAUUUUGGAGAGCGAAUAUUUGCACUUCCGUUUAAUGCCUAACCUCAUCCUACGUCGGUAAUAGAUCGGUGAUAAAGCUAGGUUCUUCAAUAUGAGAGUUCCUAGAGCAUACAACCCGAGGAUUCAAGAGCGGAUUUUAAAACGCUUUGGUGUAUACAAUAGAGUUUUCCCGGAAGCUACAACACCAAGUAGAAUUGUACCAGAGCAUAUUGUAAGGCCAGAUUACAUUUCACUGACAGAAAAAUCUGUAGCACCAAAAGUGCCAGAAAUAAAAAAUGUUGAACAGAUAGAAGGAAUGCAAAGAAGUUGCAAACUUGCUGCAAGCAUACUGCAGAAAAUAGGAGAUAUUAUUCAGCCAGGUUUAACAACAGAUGAUGUUGAUGAACUAGCCCACAAAUUGUGUGUACAAGCAGAGGCUUAUCCAUCACCAUUACAUUAUAAUGGCUUUCCAAAGAGUAUUUGUACAUCAGUCAACAAUGUGGUUGUCCAUGGUAUACCAGACUUGAGACCCCUAGACAAUGGAGAUAUAGUUAAUGUAGAUAUAACGGUAUUCUAUCGAGGCUAUCAUGGAGACUGUUCAAAAACAUUUCUAGUUGGUGAUGUGGAUGACAGGGGGAUACAGCUGGUUUCUAUUACUGAAGAAUGUUUAGACAUUGGAAUAAAAUGCUGCGGACCAGGUGUUCCUUUUAAAGAAAUUGGCUCAAAUAUUUAUAGACACGCAAAGAGAAAUGGCUUGACUGUUAUCCCAUCUGUGUUGGGACAUGGCAUUGGACAGUAUUUUCAUGGACCUCCCGAGAUUUAUCAUAGUAUCAACAGAUAUCCUGGUGUAAUGAACCCUGGAAUGACCUUCACCAUAGAGCCAGCUGUUACACAUGGAAGUAAACAGACGGUGCUCCUUGAAGAUGGCUGGACUUUAGUGACAGAAGAUGGCUCCAGAUGUGCUCAAGCAGAACACACAGUUUUAAUCACAGAGAAUGGUGCAGAGAUAGUUACCAAAUAAAUGUGAUAGCUUAGCUAAAUAUUUAGUAUUCAAACUACAAAGACUCAACUGUGAUAUCAAUUUGUUGUUUUAGUAUAACUGAUUGUGAUUUGUAUGUAAUAUCAAAAUAUUAUUUAUUUUCGUUUCUGUUGUGUCCAUACCAUAAUGUGAUUGUCGACAUUGUUUUAUAGUUUCUAAUGUAAUUGUUGAUUGAAUCUACUUAAUUCAAAUAAAAACCCAAAAUAGCGUGUAAUGUUUCAUUUAUUUUGCUUGAUAAAUCUUAAAUUAAAAACAUGUAACUUGGUACAUUAAAAGCACAAGCACAAUAAUUAUCACUCAUAUGUCAGUCAAUAGAUAAAACUUUAAAGGCGUAGAGGGAAGGUAUCGAUUGAGUCUGUAACAUGUGGAUAAUAUGAAGAAGGACAAAGGCGUAACCAAUGGGCCGUAAACACACUCCCAGGGAUUAAUAUUCGCUCUACGUUCCGGGUUCCACCGCAUCCAAUCCAAAGAGUUUGGUCCCAUAGAAUAUCCAGCUACGCCUCGACGAUUAAUUACUAAGUGUGACGUGUGCUAACUGUUAGGAAGAAGAAUAACUAACAAUAAUGACUAGGUCUUAAAUGCACUAUAAUAAAAUUUUUCAUUGACAUUAUACUAGGUAGAAGCAAUUCAAAUAAUGUUCGAGAGAAUGUCAUUGAACCUUAAAAAAUAAUUAACAUGGACUAGUAAACAGUAAAGUUUCGAACACAGAUCAAGAACCCUGCAGAAAGUAUGUAGGUAGUUGAAUACAAUAAAUUCAAUGUUAACAAUAAAAUUAUUCACAAUUCACAAACUAACUUUAUAACAUAACAUCUUUCUACUGUGCCAUUUUAGUAAGUUUUCUUAAUCUAAGUAUAAUUAAUAUAGUAUUUUUAAGUAGUUAAUAUUUUUACUCAUAAUAAAUAGAUUAAAAUGUAAAAUAUUAAGGUACAAUUUUAAGUGUAAAUAUUUUAGGUAAAAUAAUCUUUUGAGAUUUAGAACAAUAGAUAAUAUUCCUUUAGUUUGCUCAACUAAAUUAGUAAGUACUUAGGUGGAAGUAAAAGGACGUAAACAAACUGACUCUAUCUCCUUAGAAAUGAAUCAUACAAUUCAUAUUCAUACACUGGAUUAACCCUUAUCGCAAGCGAAUAUUCUUAAAUAUAUUUUUGGUAUUUUUUUUUCAUUUUCUAAGGGUGCUAGGGAAGAAUAAAAAGAGUGUAUAAAAGUUGUUACAAAAUUAUUAAAUAGUUUAACAACAUACAAAAGCUACUUGCGACCAUAUACACUACAAUAAAGUUACUUAAAUAUUAAUUUAUCACUCAAGGUAACACACAAUCCGUAAAUAAGGAUUACCUCAGUCAAAAUGAUAAUAAAUUUAAUAUAAUCUACUCUCACAAUAACGACAAAAGAAAGAAUAUGCAGAACAUCCAAAACACUACUCACUUGUUACUCAUAUAAAAUGGAAACAUUAAGCACUAGCCUCGAUUAAAUUCACUAUGCUUAAUAUUUAACUAUCUAAUUAUAUCAAAAUCAGCUAAUCUUUAUGGGGAAUAGAAGUGCCCUGAAUUAUUAUAUAAUUUGCCAUAUUUAAUCUUUUAUUUUAUUUAAACUAUUAUUAGAUAAAAGUAUAUAUUUGUGUAUUCUUAUGUAGGUUUCUGAUUGUAUAACUGCAUAAUUACAAUAUUAAAACUUCAAUAACAGCUAAUAAUAUAAUUUAAACUCCAUAAAUGUUCAGUUAAACCUACAUAAUAAUACUUUAACGAAGCAUAUUACUUCUCGAUUUCAUAAAAGGUAACAUUUGUGCAUAAUCAUUUCUUUGUGUUUGUGGAUAAAAUUUAUUGACUUAUUGUGCUCUCAUAAUUUUUAAGGUCACUCGUACAAUAUUUAAAACAAUUAUAAUUACAUUCAAAUAAAUAGAAAUAACUUUUAUGCCACUAAUAAUUAAGUAUAAUGGCAACAUAAUUAGAUGGUAAUAAAGAAAUAUUUCCGACAAGGAAACUUGGUGGUAUGAUUUAAAUAUAAUCCACUGCAAGGGAUACAGAAAAAUCACGGAUUAUUAAAACAUAAUCAAAUAAAAAUAGAACGGAUUUCAUUAAUUAAAAACCGAAUAUUGGACUAUCUAUCAAUUCAUCAUUUGCAUUUGUACUACUUGUUUAUUUUGUAGAACCGCUGUACAAAAUCUGUAAGAUUAAAUACCUGACCAGGACCAACUCCAAAGUCCAUGUUGAUGUACUCAUCUAGAUUAUGUGUAGAAGCUGAAAAACAACAAGUCAGAUGUAAAUACUACAUUACAACUACAACAUGGUUCAUGGCUUAAUCAAUGUUUAAUAACAAGUAGAAGAGGUCAGCCCUUCUUUAUCAAUGACAACUCUGAGACGGCAAACUAAGGGAUUUAAGUCUCUUUACUAACUCUUAAAAUUCAAUAUAAAAUUGUGGGAGAACCAUCUAAAUAUAUUCUGUAGAGGUCAUCCUCUUACUUUUCUUUAAAUGACUUUUUUCGAUAUAUUUAAAUCCUUAUAAUUUACUAAGCUUUUGAACAAAUCAAUAUCCACAAAUAACAAAAAAUAAUGAUGUCUAGACUUUUAGUACUCAAAAGGUUAAGCUUGUUUCAGAACCAAAUUAACUAAAUGUGGUAAAGCAAUACUGAAUAAUAUAGGAUCUUUUAUUCAUAUGUAAUAAAAGAUUCUAUUGAAAUAUUCAGUGCUAACAUUCUAGUCUGUACUUCUAUAGCACAAUGGUGACCUAGUGACCUAUUUCUCAACUUUAACAGUACAGUAAGAACAAAGAAAAAUAUAACAAAAGUAUCCACAGUGGGUUAUGUAUUGUGAAUACUACAUUUUUAACAUUACUUAAGUGAGUGGAUUAAGCUUUUGGCUUAGGGCCAACAAAACUCAUUUAAGACACAAAAACAUUUAGAUGCUAAUAGGAUAAUUUGUAAAACAUGUGAGUUCUUUUGAAAUAUUUUAUUUUGAGUCUUUAUUAUUUUAAUAUACAUAAUAAGUCUGUUACUUACUGGAUGUACAUAUUGCUGGGUAUGGAGGUGGUGGUUUAAUCCAAGAGCCAUCUGGUCUCUUCAUGUGACGUCGGUCUGAUGCAAAGUUCUGCAAGAACAUCUUAGCAGGCACUACACGGAAGAAUCUGAAAACAAUAAGAUUUUUAAUCAUAAAUUAACACCUCUUAGUGUAUAGAUUUACCAUACAGUUUUUCAAGAAAUGAUUUUUUGUACCUGUGGAAAUCUGACUUGAGCACUUGAUCUGUACGAAAUGUCUCUGUGACAUAUUUAUGGAAAAAUGUUGGGAAUGGCAAUUCAGAGUCCAGAUCAUAAACAAGGCAAGUUUUGCUGUCCCAGGAAUACAGAAAUAUCACAUGAUAAUCCU